GCCGAGGAACGUCACAUUCAUGGGUGAGGUGUUCCGAAGACAGGGGAGAGAUGACCCGCCAGACGGAGGCUGAUAUACCUGAAACAGGAGCAGUCUUCACUUUUGGGAAGAGCAAGUUUGCUGAUAAUGUGCCCAGUAAAUUCUGGCUGAAGAAUGACCAUCCAGAAGAAAUCUCAUGUGGGGGUGAUCACACCGCUGUCAUAACAGGCCAUGGCAGGCUGUUCAUGUUUGGAAGUAAUACCUGGGGUCAGCUAGGACUGGGGUCAAAGAUCAACGUCAACAUCAACAAGCCCACCACUGUGAAAGCAUUGAAGUCUGAAAAAGUGAAGUUUGCAUCAUGUGGGAGAGACCACACAAUAGUGUGCACAUGGAGUGGGCGUGUUUAUGGUGCUGGCAGUAACCAGGAGGGGCAGCUUGGUUUGGGACACUGUGAUGACACAAACACCUUCCACCUGCUUCAUCCUUUCUCUGACCACGCACCAAUCAAAAUGCUUGCUGCUGGCUGCAACACCUCAGCUGCCCUGACAGAGGAGGGUAGGCUGUUCAUGUGGGGUGAUAACUCUGUGGGCCAGAUCGGUCUGGGGACAGAGAGCUACGCCUCAGAGCCCAGAGACAUGAUGGUGGGACAGCCAGUGGCCUGGGUGUCUUGUGGAUACCACCACUCAGCGUUCGUCACAGUGGAUGGGGACCUCUACACGUUUGGGGAGAGUGGGAACGGAAGGCUGGGUCUAUUCCCAGACCAGCUAGCCAAUCACAGAGUCCCUCAGAGGGUGGAAGGCAUCCAGGACCCGGUCAUCCAAGUGUCCUGUGGAGGGGAGCACACAGUGGCACUCACAAAGGACAAUGUGUACGCAUUUGGGCGGGGGCAGCAUGGGCAGCUGGGCCAUGGGACCUUCCUGUUUGAGGCACCUCUGCCAAAAGCACUGGACCACUUCCGGAAUGGCAGAGUCAGUCACGUAACCUGUGGAGAGAACCACACCGCAGUGAUCACAGACAGUGGGAUUCUAUACACCUUUGGGGACGGUCGCCAGGGUAAACUAGGACUGGGGGAAGAGAACUUCACCAACCAGUUCAGACCAACACUGUGCCCACGCUUCCUCAAAUACAGCGUCCAGUCAGUGGCAUGUGGCGGCUCUCACAUGCUGGUGCUGGCUAUGCCCAGACCCCCAGAGGAUGAGGAAGUGGUGAUAGAGGAGGAGGAUGUUACAGAGACCAUUCUGGAGACUCUGGAGACCUACACUGAGCUGCUCUUGAUGGACCCCUCCCUCCUGAUACCCAAGACCGCACCUCCUCUCUGGACCCUGCCUGCUAGGGCCCGCCGCAGAGAGAGGGAGAGUUCUCCAGAGCAGUUUGGCCAGAUGUUCCGUAACCUUCCGCCUCUGAUGUCCGGCUUACUCAACGCCUCCCUGCCCCUGUCCAGAAAUAUCUGCAUCUCCAGAACACCAUCUGAAGACCCCUCCACCUCCUCACUGUCCUCCAAUCCCUCCUCAAACAACCCCCCCAGCCCCUCUCUGUCCCUUAAAUCCAGAUCCAAAAUCCCAUUAACACCAUCACUGUCACCCAAGUUCAUAUUCCCAGACCCUCCUAGCCCUUCACUCUCCUCCAAGUCCUCCCCAAAGAAGAGGCCCAGCCCAUCAAAAUCACCCAAAUAUACAUCUAAAGAACCCCUUACCCCCUCACGGUCCUUCAAAUCCACACAUAAACUCAUCCCCACCACCUCAAUGUCCCCUAAACCCCCCUCUGUAAAGCCCACAGAUGAUAACCAGUCCCCCAAAACGCUGUCUGAGGGGCACGCCAGCCCUUCUCGGAGUCCCACCCCACCACAGACAGGUAGCCGAAUCCUACGAUGCUGUCUUUCCUUUUCACCACAGUAUACAGCCACAAGCUGUAGUAAGCAGAACUGCAGCCCAUAUUCUAUGACCUAUUCAGACCUGGGUUCAAAGAGGAUUGAGGACACUGUGACAGAAGCCCCUGACAGCCUGAUGCUCAUUGAGAAUAUGGAGGAGAACAUGGAUGAAGAGGACAAUAAUGACAUGUUGCCAGACCUGGCAUUACCAUUGGGAGGAGAUUCUGGCGAUGAGACUGGGACUACAUCUGCAGAACAGAAGGAAAAGGGACAUAAAAAGGGUCGGGCUCUGAGGAGAGCUGUUAAGGAGGCAGAAAUGGAGGUUGAACAAGCCCCGGCCAACAGGAAGGCGCAGCUACUUUCCCAUAAGGCCCUUCCCACCGAGCUCCUGAGAGGCUCCAGCUGGAGUUUGUUAAAGGCAGAGGCCACGCCCCCAAAGAGCCCCAAAUGCUUAAAGACCCCUCAAACCCCAGCCAGGUGCAAGGAGAACAUCGCUUUGACAACAGGAAAGGCUGGCCCUAAAGCGAACACCAGUAAACUGACGGGUAGUAAUCUGCAAAGCACAGAUGUUGAAACUAAACUGACUGAGUUGAAGGGAGCCCCAGUGAAACUGAAAAGCAAGCCGACAGAGGUUUCCAGCCAACCAGUCUUAGUAGAACCUACCUCAAAGGCCGAAUCACCAAUCACAUCACUGUCAUUAUCAGAUGCACUACCUCAAAAUGCUGGAGAUAAGAAGUCAACGAAGUCACUGGUUGUCUCUCAGGUCAGGGAUAGAGUGGAGGUCCCAGGGGAAGAUGCCUUUGGUGAUUCCCAGGAGGGGGAGACUAGCUGGGGAGGAUUUCUCAGCGAUGCAGCCUCUCUCCUUCCAGAUGUGGGGAUGGCGGGGGCAGCCAUGGGGGUCCUGAGUGAGGCGGUGAUGAGUGUGAGGGGUUUUCAGUCGGAGAGUGACACAGCCACCUCUAUGCCUCCUCAGCGGUCCAGCCGGGUAGAGAGGUUCACCAAACAGAGCGCCAUCACCCAGCCUUCCUCCACAUCACCCUCUUCUUCAACAUCAGAUCCAAGCGCAGCCGAGCAAAGCAAGAGGACCGCCCUCCGCAUCAGCACCCUUUGGAAUUCUGAUCAGGAAGCGGGGAGCAGGAGUUUUGAGAAGGACCCAGACACCACAGAGGCUGCUAGCGAGAGGUCAGGAGGUCAGGCCGAAGUCGAUGACGAUGAGAACUCUAGUAGUGAAAGGUCAGGAGCUGAGGAUGAUGAAGAUAAAGAUUCCACAAAGCGACAAGGAGAUGGGACAGAAAUGGAGAGCACCCAACAAGAGGAAAAAGAGGAUGGCAGAAGUGGUGAGGGUCUGGAAGAGAACAGUGAAGACAGUGAUACUGUGGCCAGUGGAGAGGGAAUGGGGGAUAGAGAAGAAAAGAGUGAAGAGAGCGAGGGCACGGAGGCGGAAGAAGAAGAAAAGGGGGAUGGUGUAGGGACAGGAGAGGGGGAGGAGGAAGAUGAGAGGUGUGAGAGUGAGGAGACAGGAGAGGGGGAGGAGGAAGAUGAGAGGUGUGAGAGUGAGGAGACAGGAGAGGGGGAGGAAGAAGAUGAGAGGUGUGAGAGUGAAGAGACAGGAGAGGGGGAGGAGGAAGACGAGAAGUGUGAGAGUAAGGGGACAGGAGAGGGGGAGGAGGAAGACGAGAAGAGUAAUAGUGAUGCGACAAUAAAGGGGGAGGAGGAAGAAGAGAAAAGUGAUGAGGGCACAGUACAGGGGGAGGAGGAAGAAGAGAAGAGUGGUGAGGGCACAGUACAGGGGGAAGAGGAAGAGGAGAAGGGUGAUAGUGAGGGGACAGGUGAUGGGGAGGAGAGCAAAGAGAGUGAUUCUGAGGCAAGCCUAGAGGAGGAGGGAGAGGAGAAGAUUGAACAGAGUGAGGGGUCAGAAGGAGAGAGUGAUUAUGCGUCAGUUGGAGAAGAGGAGGAAGGAGAAGAGAAGAUUGAAGAGAGUGAGGGGGAAGGAGAAGAGGGCGAAAGUGGUUCUGGGACAAGUGGAGAGGGGGAGGAGGAGGAGAAGACUGAAGAGGAGUCCAGUGAUGAAGAGAGUUGGGAUGAAAAAAAAGAGGAAGAGGAGGAGAGCAAUGCGAGUGAGUAUGAAAAGGAGGAGAGUGGUGAUGAAUCAGGAAAUGAGGCUGAGAGCAAGAGUGAGGGAUCAGCAGAAGAGAAGGAAGAUGAACAAGCAGAAGAAGCAGAAAGUGAAGAAAGUAAAGCUACUGAGUCAGCAGAGGAGGAAGGAGAGAACCAAGAAGAGGAAGAGAGUGGAGCAGAGGAGGAAGGAGAGGGAGAGGAUAAGGAAGGUAGUGAAAGUGAAGAAAAGGAGGAGGAGGGAGAGGAGGCAGUUGUAAGUGAGGAGGAGGAAGAAGAAGAGGAUGACAAUGAGGAAAAGGAUGAAGAAAGUGGAGAAGAUGAGAAUGAUGCAGGAGAGGAGAAAGAGGAAGCAGUUGAGGGUGAGGAAGAAGAGGAUGAAAAGAAAGCUGAAGGAGAUGAGAACAAUGAAGUCGAGGAGGGUGAGGAGGGACGAGAAGAUGAUGAGAAUGAGGCCAGAGGAGAGGAAGAGGUUGAAGGUGGAAAAGGUGAGGAAGAGGAGGAAGAAGAAGAAGAAGAAGAGGGGGACAAAGAAGCAGAGGGAGAAAAUGAAGGAGAGGAAGGGGAAGAGGGAGAGGAGGAAGAAGAAAGACAGCAAGGAGAGGGGGAGGAUGAAGGAGAAGGAGAAGGAGAGGAAGAGGGUGAAGGGGAGGAGGAAGAAGAGGAAAUGAAGGAUAGAGAAGAUCCGGGAGAGGGAAAGGAUGAGAAUACAGAAGAAAGAGAAGAGAAUAAUGAGGAGAAAGGAGAGGAUGAGAGUGAAAAUGAAGGAGAGGGGGAUGGUGAAAAACAGGAAGAUGAGAAAGAGGAAAGAGGAGAAAACGAGAAGGAGGAAGAAAAAGAUGGAGAGGAAGAGGAGGGUGGAGAAGAGGGGGAGGAGAAGGGAGAUAAAAAAGAAGGGAAAGAAAAGAAGACAAGUGAUGGGGAGGUGGAACAAGAAGAGGAAGAAGAGGGUGCAUGUGAACAGAAAGGGGAGAUGGAUGAGGAGGAAACGGGAGCGGGAGAGGAGGAAGGUGAGGAGGAAGGAGAAGAAGAGGAAGAGGAGGAAGAAAAGGAGGAGAAAGAAAAAGAGGAGAAAGAUGGUAAAGGACAGGAAGAGGAGGAGAGAGAUGAAGAUGAAGAAGAAGAGGAAGAAGAAGAAGAAGAAGAAGAAGAAGAAGAAGAAGAAGAAGAAGAAGAAGAAGAAGAAGAAGAAGAAGAAGAAGAAGAAGAAGAAAAAGAAGAAGAAGAAGAAGAAGAAGAGGAAGAAGAGAUAAAAUCAGCAAAAGGGAAAAAGAAAGGAUCACAGAGUGUACCCCUUAAAGCAGCUCCCCCCAGCAGGAAAGGGAAGGAAGAGCCCCCAAGGGAGAAACUCAAACCACCGGCCCGUACCAAGCAGAGGACCACAGGGGGAAAAAAGACAACCCAAGAAUCUCAACAGUUCUGGAACAAUGUCUUACCCCAGUACCUGGAGCUGAAGUGA